GAUCUACGGCUCUGGAUCUUGAUGGUGGAGUGUUACGUAUAUCUCGUCUCUAUGGUUUUACGCAUUUACGACGCUGACGGAAAUUGUAACCACGCGAUAACAAGGGAAACGAGAACUAAAACGUUCUUUUCCGGAAAACUCUGGCAAGAUGGCGGACGUUGAGCAGAAGAAGAAGCGUACCUUCAGGAAGUUUACCUACAGAGGCGUAGACUUGGACCAGCUUCUGGACAUGUCCUAUGAGCAGCUGAUGCAGCUGUAUUGCGCCCGUCAGCGCCGAAGGCUGAACCGUGGUCUGCGUCGCAAGCAGCAGUCUCUCCUGAAGCGUCUGCGCAAGGCCAAGAAAGAGGCACCCCCCAUGGAGAAGCCUGAAGUGGUGAAGACUCACCUGAGGGACAUGGUUAUCCUGCCUGAGAUGGUGGGGUCCAUGGUUGGAGUGUACAAUGGCAAGACUUUCAACCAGGUGGAAAUCAAGCCCGAAAUGAUUGGCCACUACCUGGGAGAGUUCUCCAUCACUUACAAGCCUGUUAAGCACGGUCGCCCUGGCAUUGGAGCCACCCAUUCUUCCCGCUUCAUUCCGCUAAAGUAGAAAUGGUGUGGUUUGUGUGGGUGUAAAUAAAUGUUGAACACAAUUUACCA